GUCAAAAGAUAUAGAGCUGCCAAGCUGGUUUAAAUUGAUUUGUUACGGUGCAGAAAUUGUAGAAAAGUUUUUCAUCAAGCUUCGCAGAAAAAGUUUUUAUAUCAACACGUUAUCCUUGUUAUAUCUCUAUCUCGAUCUCCCCAAAACUCGACAAUGGCAGCGAUAAGUCUGUUAAACCCGAAGGCGGAAAUCGCUCGCGCCGCUCAAGCGUUGGCCAUUAACAUUACGGCGGCGACGGGUCUGCAGCGACUGAUGGCCAGCAAUCUGGGACCAAAGGGCACCACCAAGAUGCUCAUCUCGCCGGCCGGCGAUAUAAAGAUCACCAAGGAUGGCAACGUGCUGCUGCAAGAGAUGCACUUCUGUCAUCCGACCGCCUCGAUGAUUGCCAGGGCCAGCACCGCGCAGGAUGCAGCCACUGGGGAUGGCACCACCUCGACUGUGCUGCUGAUUGGUGAGCUGCUGAAGCAGGCAGAUCUGCUCAUUGCGGAGGGACUGCAUCCUCGCCAGCUUACCAAUGGCAUUAUGCAGGCCAAGGAUCAGGCCAUACAGCUGCUGCAGUCGCUCUCCAUGCCCGUUGAGAUUGAACGCGACAUACUUGUGGCACUAGCCCAGACCAGUUUGAGAACCAAAGUGGACGCGAGUUUGGCGGACUUGCUAGCCAAAAUCUGUGUGGAUGCUGUGCUGAGCAUACGCAGCGAUAGGCAGCAGCUUCUGGAUCUGAAUAUGAUCGAACUCAUGGAUAUGAAACAAUACACAACACUGGAAACGCAACUGGUGGAAGGGCUGGUGCUGGACCAUGGUGGGCGGCAUGCUAACAUGCCCACAUACCUCGAGCAGGCGUACAUACUUACCUGCAAUGUGUCGCUGGAGCUGGAGAAGACCUCCGUCGAUUCGAGUUUCUGCUAUAAGUCUGCCGAGGAGCGUGAGAAAUGCGUCAUCGAGGAGCAUCGUUUUAUCGAUCAGCGUGUGGCCAAGAUUAUUGAGCUGAAGCGAAAGCUUUGCAGCAACAAUAGGCGUGGCUUUGUAGUCAUCAAUCAGAAGGGCAUCGAUAUACCCUCGCUGGAGGCCUUUGCCGGCGCUGGCAUUCUGGCCCUGCGUCGUGCCAAGCGCCGUAACAUGGAGCGACUGAUUCGUGCUUGCGGCGGCGAGGCGUUGCACUCGCUGGAGGAUCUGAGCGAGGAGCAUCUGGGCUAUGCAGGCCUAGUGUAUGAGCAACAACUGAGCGAAACGAAAUAUACGUUUGUGCGGCAAUGCCGCAAUCCCAGCUCUGUGACCAUACUGAUUCGAUCUCCCUCGCGUCACCAGACUGACACCAUUAAAGAUGCCAUUCGCGAUGGACUCCAUGCCAUACAGAAUACCAUUGAGGAUGGAUGUCUAGUGCCCGGCGGAGGUGCCUUCGAGCUGCACGCCUACAAGGAACUGGCCAAGUUCAAGCUCUGGAUUAAGGGUAAAGCCCAGCUGGGGGUUCAGCUGUUCGCCGACUCGCUGCUCGUCAUACCCAAAACUUUGGCCAUCAAUAGCGGCUUUGAUGUGCAGGACACCAUCGUGAAGCUGACGACGGCUGCCAAGGAGAGUGAGCAGCUGGUCGGGCUAGAUUUGGAUACAGGAGAGCCCAUGAAUCCAACAGAAAAACGCGUCUUCGAUAACUACUGCGUUAAGAAACUAAUGCUGAACUCAUGCUCUGUCAUCGCAUGCAAUCUACUGCUGACUGAUGAAAUAAUGCAGGCGGGCAUGACUAGUUUCAAGGGCUAACAGAGAUGCUAAACAAGGAAAUUAUAAUAUACAGGAAUUACCCUAAUAAACAUAAAUUGUUUUGGAUUA